AUGUCGAACAUCUCCUCGAUCAGCCGUCAGCUUCUCCGCUCUCGGAACGUUUUAGCACGCAUUUCAUACUCGCCGUCGGGCUCCAUUACUCACCUUCACCAGCAGGGCCCGUCGCGCUCUGCGGUCGUCCACGACCAGGCAAUCCCCCAAGACCAAAGACACGUCCCGAGCCCCGAGGGCUCAUCAUUCCUUUCUCAGACACAUCAAAAGAAACCCACACCGCAAAGACCCCAACAUGAAUCCACAACCAUCGACACCCUCAUCUCCCAAGUCCCCAUCGUCCAGACCCUCCGCAACGCCCCCAAAACUUACAAAGAAACCCGCCCUCACCUCGCCAUCCCACCAGCAAUCAGACAACACCACUUCGUAGGCGGCAGUCUAGCCGGCCCAGGCAAGCUCGCCUUCCAGCCAUAUAUGUGGACAUCAACAAGCAAGACAGACACUCAGCAAACAGCCAGCAAGGUCGUCUCAGUCUUCCACAUCGGCCAAGACCUCUGCGGACAUCCCGGCUUCGUGCACGGCGGCCUCCUCUCCGUUCUCUUCGAUGAGGUCUUUGCUCGCUGUGUCUCUGCCGCGUUCCCCUCUGGCCUUGGCAUGACGGCAAAUCUCAAUGUGGAUUUCCGGAAGCCGGCAAUUACUGAUCGCAUGUAUGUCCUGCGUACGGAGACUGUCAAGGUUGAUGGGCGGAAGGCUUGGGUUGAAGGGCGCAUGACUUGUUUGCCGCUUUCUUUGUCCUCUUCUUCUAUUGAGUCUGGUGGUAUUGUGAGUGAUGCUGGUUUGUUGAGUGAGGACAGUGAGGGGGCUGUUAUGGUUGCUGAGGCUAGGGCUUUGUUUAUUGAGCCUAAGUUUGCGGAUUCUAUGGUUUCUAUUUAUAAGAACUAG